UUUAUCCGAGAACAGUCAGUCGUCUGUUAACGGUUGUAAGGAGCAGAUGAUAAGAACGAAUUAUUCGGACGAUUGCAACAAUAUUAAUAUCAUUUUACAUCAAUAAAAUGGCAGCAUUUGUAUGUGUCGAGGACUACGAGAAAUAUGCUUUGGAACAUUUGCCUCCUUCCGUAAGAGAUUAUUACAAGAGUGGUGCCGGAGAGGAGUUUAGCGUAAAGUGGAAUAGAAAGGCUUUCAAAAAUUACAGGAUACGGCCUAGAUUUUUACGAGAUGUGUCCAGAAGGGAUAUAAGCACAACAAUAUUGGGUCACAAAAUUUCAAUGCCCUUGGGAGUCGCACCUACCGCGAUGCAACGUAUGGCGCAUCCUGAUGGAGAAUGUGCUAAUGCAAGGGCCGCUCAGGCAGCAGGAACGAUUUUUAUUCUUUCUACGAUAUCGACGAGUAGUAUAGAGGAAGUGGCGGAAGCUGCUCCGGAUGGUAUAAAAUGGUUCCAGCUCUACAUUUAUAUCGACAGAAAUGUUACCUUGAAUUUGAUAAGACGUGCCGAACGUACUGGCUUCAAAGCACUGGUUCUCACUAUCGAUGCGCCAUUUUUCGGUGAUAGACGUGCUGAUAUAAAAAAUAAAUUUGCGUUACCGAGUCACUUGAGAUUCGCAAAUUUCGAAGGUGAAUUAUCACAACGAAUAAAUACUGCAAAAACUGGCUCUGGCCUUAACGAAUACGUUACCGCACUAUUCGACGCGUCUCUAUCCUGGGAUGAUGUGAAAUGGCUAAAAAGAACCACUAUACUACCGAUAAUUCUUAAAGGAAUUCUAACGGCAGAAGAUGCGCGUUUGGCCGUGGAAAAUGGGGUCGACGGUAUUAUUGUUUCGAAUCAUGGUGCACGUCAAAUAGAUAGCGUUCCAGCAACGAUCGAAACUUUACCUGAAAUAAGUAAAGCCGUGGGAGAUCAAAUCGAAGUCUACAUGGACGGCGGAGUGACUCAAGGUGUCGAUGUAUUAAAAGCCUUGGCAUUAGGCGCAAAAAUGGUAUUUUUCGGCCGACCGAUGCUGUGGGGUUUGACGUAUGAUGGCGAAAAAGGUGCUAGCGAAAUUCUUGAACUUAUGAGAAGAGAAAUUGACCUAGCAUUCGCAUUAACUGGUUGCGCAACCCUAAAAGAUAUAACGCGUGAUAUGGUGAUUCAUGCAUCAUACUAUAGUCGUUUGUAAAAACAAAUUUCGUUUGUAACGCACGAUAUUAAAAAAAUACAUUAUUACAAUAUUUCUAUAA